UAUGGAGAGUUUUUAGGAUUAUGGAUGUUAUUUUCUUCGAGCUAUUCUUGCCAUGAAUUCAGGCGAGCUGAAACUUGCGAGAACGUCAGAGAGAAAUAUUAAAUGCAUAUAUUUUUACAAGGCAGAGAAGGAACCGCAACGCCAACUUGCUUGCAAGCAAACGCCAGCUUCGUUUGAUGAGGUUUGUCAAAGAAAAGCAACAGCAGCCCCGUCGGCAGCAAGUUGGAAGCAAAGAUCGAGCAGUCGCAGCAAGUUUUCUCUAAACCUAUUGCAAAUGUUUAAUCCACGAGAUUGUGGCGUGUAUAUCUUUUUACCACGGUGAAGAAUCAUAUUGGCAGACAUGGAAGAGGGCAUUGUGGUAAUCUGGAGUAUGGAUAAUUGCCAAGCUUGUCCACAAGAAAUGUCAAAGCUUGUUCCUUGAUACGAAGAAGUUGCGGUUGUGGAGGAGGUACAAGGAGCAAGUCCAAAGCACACGUUUUGAACAGAGCAAACAAAGUAGCGGUUUAACAGAGGCUUCAGAGCCGCAAGUGGAUCAGCGGAGGUAGAGAUCGAGAGGUGCCAAGAAGGAAGAAAGAAAGAGAAGAAAGAAAGAAAGGAGGCAUCUUUGAUCUAAAAAGCGCCCAUCUUUCUGUAGAAAACACGAUCUCCUCUGCUGGGAAAAUUGAAAGAGGAACCAGGAAGCACUUUCCGUGAGAGAUAGGGCACCUUUGGUGCGAAAAAAGUGCUAGAUUCGAGCAGAAAAAUCCAGCCGCCAUUUCUUUUGCUAAAAAUCCAAAAAAAAGAGGGGUCAUAUUUGAUCUGAAAACCUGUUCCUCGCCAUUGCCGACGUAGAUGAACUUCAGUGAGCCCUCGCUUUAACUAAAGGAGGUGCCUUUGACAUUGACCAAGAACAGAAGACCUUAUCUCCAAAAUUUCUAAGAUUUGGAUGACUUUGGGCCCUCUCUACCGUCUCUAUAGUUGAUUCCACACCUCUUCUGACGCUGAACGAGCUGCCUUGGGGCGCAUGGAGAUCUCAGCAGACGAGCUGCUGAAGAAGAUCCAGGAGCUGGAGGUGGGGCAUGCCCAGUUGAAGCAGGAGAUGUCGAAGCUGAGGCCGGUGGAUGAUGGCGGUGCUCGCCGGUCCGACCGCGCCCGGUCUCAGUCUGUGUCGCCGCAGCGGAUGACGCCUCCGCUACCGCGACCGAAGAGUGGAGGCCUCGAAGGAGCUGCAUCGGCAUGGGGCAGGGUCUCAGGUUCCUUUGGGCACCCGUCAAUGAUGCACCGGGAGAGCCGGAGCAUGAUUCGCUCAGGUGAUAGUGCGGUCAACAUUGGCCUCUCGGAAAGGCAGUGCCUGAAUAUUUUGGAAUCUAUGGGGCAGUCAGUCCAUAUAUUUGAUCCCGAGUGCAGGAUAAUUUAUUGGAAUCAGUCAGCAGAAAAGCUUUAUGGUUAUUCUUCAUCUGAAGCUUUAGGGAAGCAUGCAAUUCAGCUGCUUGUUGAUGCUUGUGAUUUCAACAUCGCUGGGAAGAUAGUUCGACGUUUAACCAUGGGGGAGAGUUGGACAGGAAAGUUUCCUGUGAAGAACAAGCUAGGAGACCGUUUUGUAGUUGUUCUCACCAACACCCCCUUUUAUGAUGAUGAUGGUAGUUUGGUUGGCAUCAUUGUCGUGUCAAGCGAUUCAAGGUCCUUUCAGGACUUAGGAUCCCCUCCAACUUCUACCAAUAUGCAAGCAGGUACAAGUGAACCAAGAAUACGUUUGAUGAAUAAGCAUGAUUCUGAUCUUCAGCAGCCCAUUCAAGUUGCUAUUGCAUCCAAAAUCACAAAGCUGGCCACUAAAGUUACAUGCAAAGUUUGGUCACGGAUAAAACUAGGCGAGCACAGUAAGGAACGUGAAAACGGAGCUAAGGAUGGAGACUGCAGUGAUCAUGAUGCAGUUUCAUCAGACCAUAAGGAGGAUGGUUCUUCUAGUGGAGCUAAGCCUAGCACAACCAAAGAAGUGGUACCUUUUGAUGCCUCUGAUGCAGUGGGGGAAAAAUCUCCUGGAAAAGAAGUGAAAUCAAAUCAGGAUGAAGAUCAAGGAAAACCCAGUAUCUUCAAGCUCAUAAGCAAGACAGAGUCAUUUCUUGCCAAUAAGGGUAUAUCAUGGCCUUGGAAAGGGCAUGAGCAUGAUGGUAAUGAUGCAAAGAAGCAGUUUGUAUGGCCAUGGCUUCAUAGUGAUCAAGAAAAUGACGACCAUAAUUUAGAAGCAUCUGAAUCUGGUAGAAAACCAGACAACCAGGUGACUGAAAACAACCAUACAUGUAAUAUUUCUGGAACCUCCUCUCAUAAUGCAAACAGCACGAGUAGUAUUAGCAGCAAUUGUAGCACUAGCAGCAGCACUGUUCAGAGGAUGGAUAUGGAUUCCGACUGCUUAGAUUAUGAGAUAUUAUGGGAAGAUCUUACAAUUGGAGAACAGAUAGGCCAAGGUUCUUGUGGAACUGUGUAUCAUGCUCUGUGGUAUGGCUCGGAUGUUGCAGUUAAAGUAUUCUCAAAGAAUGAAUAUUCUGAUGAUUUGAUAGUUUCCUUUAGACAAGAGGUGUCACUCAUGAAGAGGCUGCGCCAUCCGAACAUACUUCUUUUUAUGGGUGCGGUCGCUUCUCCUAAUCGCCUUUGCAUUGUAACUGAAUUUCUUCCACGUGGGAGUUUGUUUCGCUUGUUGCAAAGAAAAACGAAAUUGGACUGGAGAAAGCAAAUCCUCAUGGCCCUAGAUAUUGCUAGGGGAAUGAAUUAUCUUCAUCAUUCCAACCCUAUAAUCAUCCAUCGUGAUCUAAAGUCAUCGAAUUUAUUGGUCGACAAGAAUUGGACUGUCAAGGUUGGUGAUUUUGGGCUUUCGCGCCUGAAGCAUGAAACUUAUUUGACCACCAAAUCUGGGAAAGGAACGCCUCAAUGGAUGGCUCCAGAAGUUCUUCGAAAUGAACCCUCAGACGAGAAGUCGGAUGUAUACAGCUAUGGUGUGGUAUUGUGGGAGCUUGUUACUGAGAAAAUCCCUUGGUAUAAUCUCAAUUCGAUGCAGGUCAUUGCAGCUGUAGGGUUCAUGGAUCAAAGGUUGGAUCUACCAGCAGAUCUGGACCAGCAAUGGGUAUCGAUAAUUCAGAGCUGCUGGCAGAGGGAACCGAAACUCAGACCAACUUUCCAAGAACUUAUCGAAAGAUUCAAAGAUUUGCAGAAACAGCAUGCUGCGCCGGGUCACCCACCGCGUCCUGCCAUCCGGUGAAAGUGUUUGUGGUACUGCAAAAUUGAGCUUUCAGGACCAAAACAAGGCCCCAUGAUUGCAAACAAGGAAACAAAAAUGCCACACUUGGGAGGAUCAAGCCUUGAGCCAUCAAACAAGGGUCCUUGUGAAACUAAGAACAGUUUCGCUAACUGAUUAUCUUCACAGAUCAACUUCAUGUUACUUGGACCAGGCGUUGCAAAGUUUCAUGAUCUAGGAAAGUUCGGCGCCAAUCAAAUAAUA